UUAUUCAGUGCGGCACUGUUUUGUUUACAUCAUGGCGAACAGAGGUGAAAUAUUGGAAGAGAAAUUAGAAGAUUUAAAACUUCAAGAAAAAGAAAAUAUUUCUACAAAUCAUCAUCACGUAGACUUAGACCAUGAAACAUACACAAGACCUGGUGCUCAAUUAUCUGACAAACAAACAUUUACAAAUAAGAAAGGUCAAACAAUUAGUGGGUAUCCGGUUAUUGUUGAUUUUCGACGACUGCUACAGUUGAGCAUUGGACACUCUGAAGAACUACAAAAAGAACACGGAAUAAUACAAGGGAUAUCCAACAAUGAUCUACUUCAUGCUGUUAUCGGUCUGUAUGAUGUGUCCCUGUCAGAGAUGACUCCAGAUGUACUGUAUUCAACAGUGUGUGAGAAAUGGGGAAGAACAAUUGUCCUUGUAAGAGACAUUCAAGAGACUAUUGAUGAUCUAGAGGAGAGGAGGAAAAAUGAGCCUCAAGAGCAGCAAGAGGAGAAAGAAGAUAUUGAAGAUGAUGAUGGUGAGAAGGGAAGUGUAAAGGGGAGUGAACUCUCGGCUGACGAGGAUGUGUACGAGGAGGACGAGGAACAGCCGAGCAAGUUUGCCGAGGUGUACAGUGAUACAGAUACCGAGGCCGAGGAGGAGGAGGAGGGAGAAGACGAGGAAGAAGAUUUUUCCAAGGGCAUUAACUCCUUCAUUUCUAAAGUUUCUGAUCGACGGAAAACACGCAAGACGUCAGAGGGACCAGUUACUAAAGACAUGAUUGGCAUAGAAAACAGAAUUAUAGGAUGUGCCACCUUUGAAAAGAAAUAUGUGCAAGGACGUAUAAAAAGUAAGCACAGAGAUAGGGUUAUACAUCUAACAUUGGUCAGUGUACGUAAAAGAUGUCGUAACUUUGGUAUUGGAAAAUUUCUUCUUUCUCAAUUGGUAGAGCCAAAGGUUGUAGGCAAUUACGAUGCAGUAGUGGUUCAUGCAGACAAUGAGGCUGUAGAGUUCUUCCAGAAGUUUGGAUUCUCAGAUGAUAUUGUUCUGAAUAGUAGAUGGAAGGAGUUAGCAGAACAGUUCACUAACUGUACACUAAUGUGUUAUCUUCCAGGAUUCUCAGGUCAUAGACUGUUGACAUCAAUAAAAAUUCCAGGUUUAGAAAUGUAUGAGCUAGAACAAGAGUUUCUUAAAUGGAAAGAAAAGACACUAGAAGUUUAUCAACAACAAGUCACAUGUAUGAUGAGAAUGAAGCAGGAAGUGAUGCAACUCAAAUAUACAACGACUACUCAAGACAAGUUUUUAAAAGCACUGGUAGAGGAGAAUGAGAUUUUGAAGACAGAUAAAUUGGUAGCAGAGAAAGAACUACUGGACUACAGACUGUCAACAGUAAAGAGUGCAUUUGGUAGUGAAAAAUCAGAUCAAGAUGAGGAUGAAAGAACUACCAAAGAACUUAUAGACACAUUACAACGGCAAGUUGAUAGGAUGGAUUUAAAGUUGAAACACAAACGUACUUCUUCCCGGGAUCUAAUGGAGUCACUAAGUAACAAAUCUAACGGAUCAUUUACUGUCAUAGAUGAGAGUCGUUACAUGGCAUUCAGUAAACACGAAGGUAACGGGCAAGAGGAACCUUACGAUCAUAUUAAAGAUUCGGCAUUCUUCUAUGAUGUUACAGAACAGUUCAAGACAGAGAUGAUGCUUGACACACAGGCCUGCAAGAAAUGUGAAGUCUCCUCAAUAUCUAAGGCAUUGGUACCAGAAAAAACAAAGAAGGCCUACAGAGCCAAGGUGCAGAGUUUGAAAGAUCCCCUCAUGGUGCUUGAUUUAUAUUUCUGUGGAACUCUGGAACACCCAGAAAGAAUUAAAGAAAUUCUCAAAGAAGGUUUUACAGAAAGAGACUUCACUUGUGGUGAUUAUGGGAAAGGAUUAUAUUUCUCAAAAUACCCUUUCAAAGCUGCUCAAUUCUCCAAGAUUGGAAAUCUUCUGAAAGUUGAGGUUGCCAUUGGCAAUGUAGAAACUGUUGUCAAGGCUGAUAGAACAAGAACUGUGCCAUCACAAGGAUUUGAUAGCAUCAUAACACCAGGUCGUUUGACUCAUAUGCUUGGUCAAGGUGACGCAUCAAUGAACCAAGAGUAUAUCAUAUUUGAUGCCCAUCAAGUUCUACCAUUGUGUCUACUUUCUUACGAGACAAGUUAGUGUUAUAGCUGAUUUACUCGGUCAUUUUAUAUUACCAGUUCACGGUAGACAGUUUUUUAGCCAUCCCAAGAUUUUCAGUAAAUGGCAUGACUUUUUAUAUGUUUCAGAAUUAAUGCUGAUGAGUUAAACAUUGGCUGUGGUGUUCUUGUUUUUAAGUUUUUUUGUUUUUUUUUCGUAGCCUUGAUGUUUAAUAUUGAAUGAUUUACUCAGAACGGAGACGUUAAGUCAAGCCUUGAUGAUUUGUAUAUGGAAAAAAGUGUAUUUACUCUUUUAGCAAGAUAAUAAAACAUGUUUUUAGACUGUUCAAUACAAAUAAAAAUUGCUCUCCCCCCCACCGAGAUGAAUGUAUUUGAAUUUUCAUUGUAUUAUGACAAAGAAGAAGAAAUUUUAACUGUGUUUGUUUUUUACAUAUUGUCAAUACUGUUUUUUUUUACCAUUAUCAAAGUAUAGAAUCUGUUUCAUUUAUAAUAAAGAAAUAUGAAUUGAUUUUUUAUUAUAAAUGAAUAUGCAAGCAUGUUAUGCUACAGUUUCCAGUAUUUACUUAAUUAUAGACUGCUGCAUGUGUGAUUAUAAAAAUGCCAAAAAAAAAAACAUUUACUAUAAAAAAAAAUUUAAACCCAUUGUGCAAGCUAAAUUAUAUCAAAUAGUGCAAUGUGUUGUCACUCUUAUAUUUGAACUACUGAUUGGUCAAAUAAAAAGAUAAAUCUAUUUCAGUUUACUUUUUUGCUUAUAUUCAGUAUUUUGGUUAAAGUAUUUGCUUAUAUUUGGUUAAAGCAAAGGUGGCCUGUGUGCUAAUAUUGAAUUGUUUAAUGAGUGUAAGGGUUGUCUUUUACAUUUUUAGCUCGACUUUUCUAUGAAAAGGGGAGCUAUCCUACUCGCCCCGGCGUCGGCGUCGGCGUCGGCGUUGGCGUCACACCUUGGUUAAGUUUUUCGUACCACCCCACUUUAUUUCAGAAGUAUUACAAGUAUGGCUUUGAAACUUACCAUACUUGUUCACCAUCAUAACCUCCAUCUACAGACAAGAGUACAUAACUCUGUCAAGGUUUUUGACAGAAUUAUGGCCCUUUUUUGA